AUGAAGUACUUUACUACUGGAGCUGCGCUCCUUGCUACUCUGACUGCAACCGCCGGCGGUGUCAAGCUUGACCCGGAGGAUGAGGCGUCCAUUCUCAGCGCUACUCGGCAGUAUGCGUACGGUCUGAUGUCGAUGUACCAGGGCAACGCCACAGGUGUAGCCAAGGAAGAUAUAGGCAUCUGGCCCCAACCCCACUACUGGUGGGAAGGCGGUGCGGCAUGGGGUGGCAUGAUAGAGUACAGCCAGUUUUCGGGAGACGAUUCGCACGUCAAGACCCUCCAGCAGGCCCUGACUGCCAACUAUGGCCCCGACAACGACUUCAUCCUGUCUUACCGCAAGAGCCAAACUGGCAACGAUGACCAGGCUUUCUGGGCGCUUGCCGUUAUGAGUGCGCUCGAGUAUCAGUUCCCUGAUCCCGCUCAGGCGCCCGCGAGCUACCUCGAGGUCGCAACAAACGCCUUCGAGAACAUUGUUGGCCGCUGGGACGAGACUUCCUGCGACGGAGGCCUCAAGUGGCAGAUCUACCCCGAAAACGCAUACGGUUACAACUACAAGAACUCCAUCUCCAACGGAUGCGCUUUCGCUCUCGGUGCACGCCUUGCCCGCUACACUGGCGAGCAAAAGUACGCCGACUGGGCUGUGAAGAUCUACGACUGGACAAAGAAGGUCGGACUCAUUACCGACAAGUACGAGGUGUUUGACGGGACAGACGACAAGACCAACUGCGCCAAGGUCGCAGACGAGACUCAGUGGACUUACAACAACGCCAUGUUCCUUCACGGAUCAGCCUUCAUGUACGACUACACCAAUGGCGACGACACCUGGAAGGAGCGUACAUCGGGCUUCCUGGACCACGCCGAGUUGCUGUUCUUCCGACCCUUUGAGAACGCCACGGACAUCAUGUACGAGUGGGCUUGCGAGACAGGCGAGAACAACCGCCCCUGCAAUCUCGAUCAACAGUCCUUCAAGGCAUACCUCUCGCGCUUCAUUGCCAAGACUGCAAUGGUAGCCCCCUUUACCAAGGAAAAGAUUGUUCCAUUCCUGAAGGCUUCUGCGGUCGGUGCUGCCAAAUCCUGCUCUGGCGGCCCUGAUGGCGCUACAUGCGGUAGCAAGUGGUACACUGGAAGCUGGGACGGAACCUCUGGUGUCGGUCAACAGCUGUCAGCCUUGGAAGUCACCCAGGCUCUUCUGAUGAUCCAGAAAGGUACUCUUCCUGCGAAGAACAACAGCGCGCCGAAGCCAUUGACUAGCGCUACCCCCGAGUCCAGCUCGACACCAGCCCCUUCAUCCGCUACUCCUGUCUCCAGCCAGGUACCUGCUACUAGCGAAGCUGCCCCUGUAUCCAGCGUAGUUGUCGAGGCCCCUUCGUCGAGCAAGAUCCCAUCCAGCGAGGCGCCGUCUAGCGAGGCUCCCGAAUUGGUCUCAUCGAAGAUUCCCGAAGCAGUUCAAGCACCUGCUUCGACCGUGGUGGUUUCUUCGGUAGUCGUUGUUACAAGCACAUCGGCUGCGAGCUCUCAGCCAUCCUCCUCAGACAAGCCUGCUGGUCAGUCUAACGCUGCCGCGACUACUAGCUGCGUGCGCAACGUGACCAGGACUGUGACUAUCUCGCGCGCCUCCUCAACAAGCAGCUGCACACCUAGUGUGACUGAGACUGUAUACGUUCCGGCAGCAUCUACGACUUCAGGUCUCUUGGUGGACUCUUCUCCUGCUCCUGUCGUACCGCCCGUCUCUACGACAUUGAUCUCGGCGCCGCCUGCUAACAGCAGCUUGCCCAGCUCGACAUCCCCAGCGGAGUUCCUCGGCGCUGGCUCUAUGCUCACCAGCAGCUCGGUUUUGGCUGCCGUAGUGGCCGCAAUGGCCUUCGCAAUGGUUGCGCACAUCCAACCCCCGUCGCCCCUCGUUCGCUAUCGCUAUCACCCCGGAACCCACAUACAAUCGCACACAGCCAUAGGAGGCUACACCAACCUUGCUCUUUCGGCAGCCGCCAUGGCAACCCAGAAGAGAGAUGCGAAGGGCAAGAAGCUCGCCGUCAUGAACAAAUAUGUCUACGACGCCUUCUUGUGGACGUUUUCGAUCCUGGUGGAGCUCUUCUUCCGAGAAGUGCAUCCCAGGAGUAGUUGGAAGGUGCCAAAGGAGGGACCGGUCAUUUUCGUGUGCGCCCCGCAUGCGAACCAGUUUGUUGACCCCCUCAUGUUGAUGCGAGUCGUCAAGAAAGAAUCCGACCGCCGAAUCCAGUUCUUAAUCGCCGAUAAGUCGAUGAAGCGCAAGUUUGUGGGUGCAAUGGCAGGUUUGACAGGUGUCGUGCCUGUAGGAAGAGCCAUGGAUAUGACGAAGCCUGCAGAGGGCAAAGUAUACCUUCCCGAUCCCAUCAACGAUCCAGCCCUUGUUCGCGGUGUAGGCACCAACUUCGAAGAUCCAAAGUUCCAAGUCGGCGGCUCGAUCGUCCUGCCCAAAGUAGAUAAUAAGGCGGCGACCGCUGAGAUACUCGAGAUCAAAGGCCCCGAAGAGAUCAGACUGAAGCGUGGCUUCAAGGGAGGUGUUGCCAUGCAGCAGAUGACUGGGCGAAAUGACAUGACCAAGGACGGCACAUUUGUUGGCGGUGCUGAUGCAAAGAAGGGUAUUGCUGAUGGUUACGAGGGAACUUCCUUCCAGGUCGCGCCCAAGCUCGAUCAAACCGAGGUUUACGACGCGGUUCAUGCGGUUCUCCAUCACGGUGGAAGCAUCGGUAUCUUCCCUGAGGGUGGUAGCCAUGACCGCACAGAUCUCCUACCUCUGAAAGCUGGUGUUGCUAUCAUGGCGCUCGGUACAGUUGCAACGAAGCCAGACUGCAACUUGAACAUUAUUCCUGUCGGCAUGAACUACUUCCACGCCCACAAGUUUCGAUCAAGGGCUGUCAUCGAGUUUGGUACGCCAAUCCACGUGCCGCCUGAGCUAGCUCAGAAGUUUGAUGGACCCGGAAGACGUGAGGCCAUCGGCGAGAUGUUGGAGACCAUUCGCCAAGGACUCAUCUCUGUUACCGUUACGACACCAGAUUACGAUACUCUUAUGGUCAUUCAAGCUGUACGCCGCCUCUACAACUCCAAAGGCACCAAGCUCCCUCUUCCUAGGAUUGUCGAGCUUAACCGCCGCCUUGUCCAAGGUUACGAACGCUACAAAGACGACCCUCGCAUUGUCGAGCUCAAGAAAGAGGUCACCACGUACAACGGCAAGCUUAAGGCGCUCGGCCUCCGGGAUCACCAAGUGCAGUAUGCGAAGAUGCAUCCUAUUACAGCAUUUGGGCUUUUCUUCUACCGUCUUGGAAAGCUCCUCUUCCUGAGUAUGCUCGUCCUUCCUGGAACGCUACUCUUCAGUUUGGUCUUUAUCGUCACCAAGGUCGUCUCGAUCAAGAAGGCGAAAGAGGCACUCGCCGCAUCGAACGUCAAGGUUCAAGCCAGAGAUGUCAUGGCCACAUGGAAGCUUCUCGUCGCUAUGGCCGCCGCCCCAGCAGCCUACCUUUGGUACGUUUGCCUAGGACUCUAUUGGUACUCCUACAACAACUGCAACGGUUACCUUCCUGCCGGCAUCCAGAAGCGUUGGCUCAUUCUUCCUCAACUCGUUGUCUAUAUUACCCUUACAUAUGGCGCUCUCCGAUUCGGUGAGGUCGCCAUGGACAUUUUGAAGUCACUGGGCCCCCUCUGGAAGAUGAUGAACCCCUUCUCCAACAGCGAACUCGUCAAGCUACAGGAGCGACGCGAGAAUCUAGCCCAGCGUGUCAACGACAUUAUCAACGAACUCGGACCGGAGAUGUACGAGGACUUCCACUCGAAGCGUAUCGUCGAGGAUCCUUUUGUCAAGCAGGAGCACGACCGUACACCGCCGCAAAAGUCAGACGAGGACGCGAAGACAGAAGCAGGCCAAGACAUCGAGACAUACGAUUACCCUGCUUCGCCUGGUUCCAUCAACGAGAUACCGCGCAACGAGUCGUUCCACGAUCUUGCCAACCAGGACUUCUUUUCUAGUAGACCACAGACGCCAAAGAAGAGCCGCAGCAGGAAUAGCAGCAGUGCGAACUUGAGCGGCUUCCAGCUCAAGCCUUUCAGUACCAUUGAUGGCAAUCUGGACGAGGUGAAGAGGAGGUUGACGGACGGUGUCAAGCAAAGGACGAGGAAGAGGAGGAGUAGCGGAGAGGGAAGCUGGGACGACGGCGAGGAUGGCGAAGAGUUGAUCAUAGGCAGGAAAGACCGGUCGUAUACCAAGUAG